UUACCUCCUUGCAGCACAGCAUCAGUCCUCUAUUUCACAGAAAAUUUAAGGAAAUCAGUCUACAGCUAGACAGGCCGUAUUUGCAGGAUGGAUUCAGUCUUCUCUCUCAUUGGAUCCUAUAUUGACUGGGAUUUCAAAAGCCUGCUGCUCUUCACAGUAGUUUUCAUCAUUGCUGCAGAUUUUGUGAAGAACCGUCGGCCGCUCGGCUUCCCUCCAGGACCUUGGCCACUUCCAGUUGUGGGAAACAUGUUUUCUUUUGACCACACCAGGACUCAUGAGGUUUUGACACAGAACCGUCGACCGCUCGGCUUCCCUCCAGGACCUUGGGCCAUUCCAAUUGUGGGCAGCUUAUUCACUGUUGACCACACCAGGACCCAUGAGGGUUUGACACAGUUGGCAGGAAAGUAUGGAGACGUGUACAGCAUACGGAUGGGCCAGGUAUGGCUGAUCGUACUAAAUGGACUUGAAGCUCUGAAAGAAGCUCUAAUAACACAGAGAGACAGCCUGGCAGAUCGACCACGUCUUCCUUUGUUGGAAGCCAUAACACAUGGACGAGGUUUGAAUUUCAGCAGUGGGCACAUGUGGAGGCAGCAGAGGCGAUUUGCACUUUCAACCCUCAGAAAUUUUGGAUUUGCCAAAAAGUCCCUUCAGCCUGUUAUCCUGGAUGAAUUUACACACUGUGCAAAAGAGUUCAGAAGCUAUGAAGGUAAGCCAUUUAAUCCACACUUGGUCAUGAACAACGCCAUCUCCAACAUCAUCUGCUCCCUGGUUUUUGGUCAUCGCUUUGAGUACAGUGAUGAGAAGUUCCAGAAACUGUUGUGCUGGUUUGGCGUAGUGCUCCAUACUCAUGCCUCCAUUUGGGCACAGCUCUACAACUCAUUCACUGGGUUCAUGAGAUUUUUGCCAGGUCCACAUCAGACAGUGCAGCAGAUCUCUCAAGGUGUGAAGGACUUUAUACGAGCAGAGAUAAAGGAGCAUAAGAAAAGCUGGGAUCCUUCAACGCAAAGAGACUACAUUGACUGCUACCUGAAUGAGAUUCAGAUGAGUAAGGGGAAAGAUGACAACACUUUCGACGAGGAAAACAUGAUUAUAUGUGUUAUGGACCUUAUUGUGGCUGGUUCAGAGACCACAUCCACCACCCUGCGCUGGGCAUUCCUCUACAUGGCAAAAUAUCCUGAGAUCCAGGAAAAGGUCCAGGCUGAGAUAGACAGAGUGAUUGGACAGUCCAGACAUCCAUCCAUGGAGGAUCGUGCAAACCUUCCCUACACAGAUGCUGUUAUCCAUGAGAUCCAGAGGAUGAGUAACGUAAUUCCUCUCAGUCUGCCACAUUUCACCAACAGAGACGUCCAGCUGGGAGGCUACACCAUCCCAAAGGGAUUUACAAUAAUUCCCAAUCUGACCUCUGUGUUGUUCGACAAGAAUGAGUGGGAGACGCCCUUCACCUUCAACCCAGGACACUUUCUGAAUGAGGAGGGCAAGUUUAUGAAACGAGCAGCUUUCAUCCCUUUCUCUGCUGGUAAGCGGCUGUGUCCUGGUGAGAGCCUGGCAAAAAUGGAGCUCUUCCUCUUCUUCACCUCCUUCAUGCAGCACUUCACCUUCUCCAUGCCUGCUGGGGUGAAGCCUGUGAUGGACUUCCUCUUUGGAAUCACUUUGUCACCAAAAGAAUAUGAAAUAUGUGCAAUCUCACGUCAAGAGUAAUAUAUUUUGAGGGGGAAAAAACUAAACAAAAAACCCCACUUUUUUUUCUUAGUUGCCAACUAACGUUUCUAUAACUGAGGAUUUAGAGAACAUUAGAUGCUUUCAUUGUCUAUAGAAUGUCAUGCAUUGUAUUUGAGGAUAUGUAGAAUUUAUUAGCACCUGCAUUGUUAAAUCUUGUUUUAUUUUCUUCUUGGUCCUUUUCUAACUUUUUUGUCCAUAGCUUGUAGUGUAAUUCUAACCCCCUCAGUAUUUACAAUUUGUGCAUUUGUCCCACAAAAUAAAAACAUGAAAGAAGCAGAGGAUUUUUAUUUUGAAUUGUGUUGGCUCGACAGAGACAAUAUUAAAUGAGGAAAGUUGACGAUGACUGAUGUUUUAGUUUUUCUUCGUAUGAGUUAAAACAUUCCCACCAUGAUUUCAUGCAAACAAGCUACAAAUCUUGGCAUGAAAAUUCACCAGUAUACAAGAAAUUGGUAUGACACUCAAAGUUUGUGAAUCCCUGGUUUUGUUUUUCACAAUUUAUUUCACAUGACGCAUGACUGUUGUGCAGAAUAAAGUACAAUGUUUGUAAUUUUAAAAAUAAAAGUGUACAAAUACUG